GAGAUCGUUUGCAUUAUAUCUCCACAACUGCAAAUCUUCACGUGCUUUGCAUCCACCCUUGAAGUUUUUCUUUUAUCAGCUUGUUUCUUUCUUUCCUUUUCACUCGGCAAACCUUAUCCACCACUGCUACCUCUUAAUUUGUGCUCUUUUUGGGCUUAGUUAGGUUUUUGCUACCUCUUUAAUUUGUUUGGAGUCUUUUUGGUCAGUGUGGUCGUUACUGUAGGCUAUUAAAGAGUAGUUUUGUUCGUUGGUUGACAAAGAAAGGUUAGAAAAAAAAAUCCAAUCUUAGCAUGGAAAACAACAGGCAAGUCGGUGCUUCUUCUUUUGAUCAUCUUUUUGGUCCUAAAGACUCUUCCUCUUCAUCAUCCGCCUCAAGUGGGAUAUUUGGGUCCAUUUUCCCUCCUCCAUCAAAGGUGCCAGCUGGAAGGGACUCUGGAACUACGGGAAAUCAUGUUGGGAAUGAAACAUAUGUGAAUCCAGAUAAUGCCACUCGGAAAGCCAAGGGAGAGAGCAGCGGCAUAAGUGGCAAAGGCCAGAGUUCAGUUUAUCAGAACGAAACGCCAGAACCAUGCUAUUUUAGUUCGUCAAUCUACUAUGGUGGCCAAGAAAACUAUUCCCCAAGGACCAAGAACUCAGAAUCUCAACAUGUUUUCAAGAAAGAUUAUGGAAAGGAUGAUCCGAAUGGCAACGAUCCAAACACCGCUUCAAGAGGGAACUGGUGGCAGGGUUCACUGUAUUAUUAGGCGUCUGGCCCCAUUUUAUUCAAAUGCAGCAUCCCAGUAAACUAAGGAAUAUGACUAUGAGCUCUCUCAACGUAAUCUAUGGAACUAAGAAAUUAAUACAGACUAGUAUAAGACUAGCACAGCGUCAUAUGGCAGGACAAUGUGGUAAAUUGUUGGGUUCUUUUUGUCCCAACUAGUCGUAUACUCGAGCUGAUAUAUUUCUGUCCGGGUUUUAUACCUUCACUCCUUGCAGAAUCUUGUAUACUAAACAAUCCAUCAUGUUGUCUAGUCGACUAAUAUCAAUAUAUUAUUCUACCUGUCCAUGGACUUUAUACUCUUAA